UAAAGCGAGACAAAGAUGAGCCACCAAUCUCACUUUUCCUGCUCCAAAUUCCAAACCCAAUUACAACACACACACACACAUAUAAUACUGUAAUAAAAGCUUACUACAUAUUCUAUAUAUAUAUAUAGUAAGAUAGCAUUUGUAGUAUAUAUCCCCCUUCUUUUGCUUCAGUUGGAUACAUCUUCUUCUCCUAUGAUAAAAGAAGCGCUUCUUCAUCUUCUCCGGAGCUGCUGCUUCUUCUUCUCCUUCUUCUUAUUGUUGUUAUUACUGGUCUUAUUCUAUGAUCACUAUUGGAGGAGAAGAAGGAAGGAGCGGCAGCUCAACCUUCCGCCUGGCGGCGGCGGAGUGGGCUGGCCGCUCGUUGGCGAGACCUUCGCCUACCUCAAGCCCCACCCGGCGGCCUCCGUGGGAGAAUUCAUGGAGAACCACAUCUCCAGGCACGGAAAGAUCUACCGGUCGGACCUGUUCGGUUCCCCGACGGUGGUAUCGGCGGACGCGGGGCUGAACCGGUUCGUGCUGCAGAACGAGGGGCGGCUGUUCGAGUGCAGCUACCCGCGGAGCAUCGGCGGGAUACUGGGGAAGUGGUCUAUGCUGGUGCUGGUAGGGGAAAUGCAUAGGGAGAUGAGGAUGAUCUCCCUCAACUUCAUGAGCAACACCAGGCUCAGGGACCACCUGCUCCCCGAGGUCGAGCGGCACGCGCUGCACGUGCUCCGGUCGUGGCGCGAGGGGCCGCCCUUCUCGGCCCAGGACGAGGCCAAGAAGUUCACUUUUAAUUUAAUGGCAAAGAAUAUAAUGAGCAUGGACCCGGGCGAGGCAGAGACUGAGAAGCUGAGGAGAGAGUACAUAACUUUUAUGAAAGGAGUUGUUUCUGCCCCUCUCAAUUUUCCUGGCACUCCAUAUUACAAGGCUUUAAAGUCGCGAUCGGCGAUUCUUACAGUGAUAGAAAGGAAAAUGGAAGAAAGGAUGCGGAAAAUGAAUCAAAAGGUGGAGAUAAUUGAGGAGGAUGAUCUUCUAGGAUGGGCUAUGAAGCAAUCCAAACUUUCCAAAGAGCAGAUACUUGAUCUCUUACUUAGCUUACUCUUCGCUGGCCACGAGACGUCGUCGAUGGCCUUAGCCCUAGCCAUCUUCUUCCUCGAGGGAUGCCCGAAAGCUGUUCGCGAGCUGCGGGAGGAGCACUUUGAGAUUGCCAGAAAGAAAAAGGACUGUGGAGAGAGCAGAUUAAACUGGGAAGACUACAAGAAGAUGGAGUUCACCCAAUGCGUUAUAAAUGAGACACUACGGCUAGGAAACGUUGUUAGGUUUGUGCACAGAAGAGUUAUUCGAGACGUGCACUACAAAGGGUAUGAUAUUCCUCGUGGAUGGAAAAUUCUACCUGUUUUUGCUGCUGUUCAUUUGGAUUCCUCUCUCUACCAAGAUCCCCAUCAGUUUAAUCCCUGGAGAUGGAAGAGUGGCUUAUCCAGCGCGGUUUCACUGCCGCCAACGAGCAACUUCAUGCCGUACGGUGGCGGUCCGCGGCUCUGCGCGGGGUCGGAGCUCGCGAAGCUGGAGAUGGCAGUGUUCUUGCACUAUCUUGUGCUCAAGUUCAGUUGGGAGUUAGCUGAGCCUGACCAAGCCCUUGCACACCCAUUUCUGGACUUCCGAAAAGGUCUACCAAUAAAGGUUUAUAGCAUCACAUGACAUUUUUUUCUUUUGUCAAUUUAAGGAGAGAUUAAUUAAUGGAAUCAAUUAAGCCAAAUUAGAUCACAUUAGUUUCAAAUUAAGUAAAUUGAUUGAUCAGGAAAAAGAAAAUAGGCUUUUGGGUGUAUAGAUAGGGCAAGGUUUAAAGGAACUAAAGGAGACUAGGAGAGAGAGAGAUUUAGAAAUGAUGAUCAAGUGAUUGUACAUUAUUUUUCUAUUGUAUAUCUCUUUAUUUUGGUGAUUAAUUAAAGUCUAUGAUAAAGGAAAGUGAUCAUAUAUAUAU